CUCCCCUUGUUUCAUUUCCAAACACUCCUCUGCUUCUCGGUUGUCUUCGUUUUUGUUGCUUUCCCAUCGCCAGUGCUAUGGCCAUUUCCCUCUCUAUAACACAAUCCGUGGGGCUUGGCGCAAUUUAGCACUCCCCUUCUCUUUCUUGCCGCCUCCCGCUGCUAACUUCAAUCUCCUUUCAUCAUGUAACGGACUUGUCUGCUUCUCUCUCCCAAAUUCGUCCUUUCCUUGUUUGCAAUCUCUUGGCCAAAUCUUCCAGGAUUAUUCAAUUCCCUUUCUUCCCCUAUGACUUUGAGAUGCUUACUCUGGUUUCCACGGCGGAUGGAUAUAAGUUCUUCAUGCUUUGCCCAAAAUCCCCUUCCAAUUAUGCUUUUUUGUACGACUCCAAGGAUCAUUCAUGGACACAGUACGAUGGUUUGCAGCCGCUGCUGGUUGAAAAUUUCCAUCAGGAAGGCGCGUCCUUGAAUGGGUCUUUGUGUUUCGCUACCCCUGAACCGUAUUCUGUAGUGUCCUUUGACUUGGACAAUGGGAAAUGGGAAACCCUCAACACUGAAAUGCCGGGGGAGCUUACAUUUGUGAGGCUGGUGACUGACACCAAUGGAGGGAAACUGUAUUUGGUUGGGGGAAUGGAAUCUCGAAGAGUUUGAGAUUGUGGGAAUUG